AAUUAGGUUCUGCCUUCUUCCUUUCCCGACCAAAAAUCUCUCGUUCUCUGUAAUUACGUUGCAGGUUCUUUUCGUCUCUUUUCUUCUUCCAUUGUUCCUUCUCUCUCCUCUGCUUCCUUUCCUGUUUAAACAACUCUCCUCUUUCCACUUCGCCUCCAAUUUCUCUCUCUGACAAAUCCAUUCUCCCUCUCUCUUUUUGAGUUCUAAAAUCCUUAACACAGAGUCACCAACACCACCGAGCUUUUGUUUUUGGUUUUGAAUAUGGUUUUUUGGUGGGUUACUUUAGAUUGUGUUUUUGCAUGAUUUACAUGUUUGUGGAUUUUCUUUAGGUAUUGAUGAGUUUUGGUUAUGGUUUGGUGCUUGUGGAUUUUUUCAUGAAUGUUGGAUAUAAUUUUUUCUCAGAUUCGAAUCUAAAUUUCAUGCCUUUUUUUAGCAUAUUUUGUUGUUUCUGCACUAGGACAGGACCAGUAACCCUCUCCACCCUUUUUUGAUGUUGAUUUUUUCAUUUGUUUUUCUUUUGGUCUUGACGCUAGAAAGAAAAGUUAGAUCAAAAGGAGGUAAAUAAUGGUAAAUCAAUUUUUUUGUACUUUAUUUUUUAUUAUAAUGUAAUAGCUAGGCCCAUUUUCUUGUAAUAAAGGCAGCGAAACGGGCCACCGAGCAGCUUGGCUUUGUUUUCGACAUAGGCCCGAACCCAUGGAGCAAGCCAGCCACCAGUUAGUUCCAAACGACAGAGUCUCAUAGAUCAAAGGCAAAACCCUGGAGGUUUUGUCAAGGGAGAGAAGAACGACAGUGUCAGUUCUUGCCUUUAUCAUCAACAGUUGGUUGUUUGUAGGUUCUUUCGGGUGCAAACCUAGCUUGGUAAAGAUGGAAUACGUGAGCCCUGAAGGACUCCGCCUGGACGGUCGCCGUCCCAUGGAAAUGAGACAAAUUCGUGCAGAGAUUGGUACUGUGGCCAGAGCUGAUGGUUCUGCUGUUUUUGAGAUGGGCAACACCAAAGUCAUUGCAGCAGUAUAUGGCCCUAGAGAGGUGCAAAAUAGGAGCCAACAAAUUAGUGACCAGGCACUGGUGCGCUGCGAGUACAGUAUGGCUAAUUUUAGUACUGGAGAUCGCAUGAGGAAACCAAAGGGUGACAGGCGGUCAACAGAGAUAUCUCUUGUCAUCCGUCAAACAAUGGAAGCUUGCAUAUUGACUCACCUAAUGCCUCGUUCUCAGAUAGAUAUAUUUGUUCAAGUUCUUCAAGCCGAUGGAGGAACUAGAUCUGCAUGUAUCAAUGCUGCGACUUUAGCUCUUGCAGAUGCUGGGAUCCCAAUGCGUGAUAUUGUCACUUCUUGCAGUGCUGGGUAUCUAAAUAGCACUCCUUUGCUUGAUUUGAACUACAUUGAAGAUAGUGCUGGAGGCCCUGAUGUCACUGUAGGAAUCUUACCUAAGUUGGACAAAGUGACUCUUCUUCAGAUGGAUGCUAAGUUACCUUUGGAUAUCUUUGAAAAUGUCAUGGGACUUGCAACUGAAGGCUGCAAGGCUGUAGCAAACUACAUUAGAGAAGUACUACUAGAGAACACCAAGCAACUGGAGUAUCGCCGCGGUUUAUAGUUUAUAAGCAGUGUAAGAAAAAAAUCCACCGAUUGUUGACGUAUCUGAUCAAUUUGACAAAAUAUACUGUAGCAUUGUACUAAUGUUCAGAUGCUAAAUCUCUAUUCCGACUUUUGAUCUUUUAUAGACCAUUAUGAUUUGUUUUUUGGGGCUGAAAUUUGGUCUCUUAUUAUUAUUUCUUUUCUG